UGAUUUUGAUCCUAUAAAUAGCUGCACAAGGAAUGAUCGAUUUCAUCGCUAGAUAACAUGAAGAUCAAAUCGUUUAUGGUUCUAUGUGUUCUCUUUGCGCUUGUUCUUCUGGGCUCAUCGACUGGGCAAGUCGAAACACAAAAUGGUGAAAACAAUGCGAAUAAAUCUCCCAAAGAAUAUCAUGUGAAAAAUGAUUAUGAUGGUGGUGGCGGCGGUGGUUGGGGUGGAUUCAGUGGUGGUGGAUGGGGAGGACCUGGUGGUGGCGGUGGUUGGGGUGGAUUUGAUGGUGGAUAUGGUGGAUAUGUUGGUGGUGGAUGGGGUGGACGUGGAGGAGGAUAUAGCGGUGGUGGGUGGGGUGGGCGUGGAGGGGGAUAUGGCGGUGGUGGAUGGGGUGGGCGUGGUGGUGGUGGUGGUGGCUGGGGAGGGGGUUGUAGAUUUGGAUGCUGCGGUCGUUGGAACCAUUAUAGAGGUUGUGGCCGCUGUUGUCAUUCUCUCACCGAAGCAAUCACCUUUAACGAACAAGAAGCGUCUCCUUAAGAUGGUGGAAACCCUAGCUAUAUAAAUAAAUGUUUGCAUGUGAUUAUACAGAUGCAUGUAUGUAUAUAAAAUAUGUGGCAAUCACAAUAAUGUUUGUAACUUUGUAUCAUUAUAUGGUGUGAAAUAAGAUAAAAAUACUAAUAAAGUAAGUGGAGGCUUAUUUUUUUUUCCCAAUACAGCCAGUCAUUUAUUUGUU